AUGGGUAGACGUUUCAUCUGUGAUUAUUGUGACAAAUCGUUUCCAGAUAAUCCAAUUAAUCGAAGAAAUCAUCUUAAAGGUGUACAACAUCAACAAGCUCGUAAAUUACAUUAUGAUAAAUUUCUUGAUCCUAAAGAAAAACUUAGUAUAGAGAAAGCAAAGAAACCAUGUAUAACAUUUCGUAAUUCUGGUACAUGCGCUUAUGGUCCAUUGUGUAAAUAUUCUCAUAUAACCAUCGAAGAGAUCCGUAUAUUAGAAGAGAAAUCUAAUGCUGAACUUCUUGCUUCAUCUUACUUAAAUCAUUUAACAUCUGAAGUGAAUAUUGAUAAUCAAAUUAAUAUAUUAGAAUCAAAAUUAAUAUCUAGGCGUGAUAAACAAUCAAAUUCUGGAUCAACUCAACAAUUUCAUAUUCCAGAAGGAAUACAACUAUUAUAUCUACCUCCGUCAUUGUCUUUACAUUAAAUAUUCCAGAUAGAUGCCUGAUUUUAUCUUUCAAAGGAUUUGUGUAUAUCGAAAAUUCAUUUGAGGAUUCCACGUGUUUCUAUAGUGAGGUUUUAAUUUAUAGACAAACCAAUCAGAUUUCAAAUAGCGAGUUAUAGAUUUUGGCAUCAACUUCUGACUUCUCACACUAAUUCAUAAACCUAUUUAGACCUUUUUAAGUUGGUGCAAUUUCUCAAGGUCACUAUGACAUCACUCAAAGGUUGUCCAUAAAUUCUAACUCCACUUUAUGGGGCUUCUCUGACGGUUAAAGGAUUUUUGUAUAUUUACGCUAUGGAAAAUAAAGUACUUAUUACUUUUUAGGCUGUUUGGCCUAUUACUCUUUUCUUUUCAAAUAUAUUCUGUUUGUUCGGGUUCUUUUAGUUAGUCGAGGGAGGGAUUUAAUCGUGAAUAAGAUGAUCUUGGUUGUUGCUAGAAGUAUAAGGGUGGAGGGAUAUUUCUUCUUUAGGGGUCUGAAAACCCGGACUUUUGGUGACCAUAGAGAUCUGGGAGCGUGAUCUCCUGAGCCCGGUCACUUAUGGCAUUUCUGUGGGACUUUUUUGGACUGUUAGCUCCGCACUUCGACAGGCCUUACCGCUGGAGACUAAAAUCCAUGGGUAAAGUGAGGUGUGACACUUCAGGGUUGACCUUUUCUAACCCCUUUCGUUGUGAGAAUACAACAUCACUGUCCGAGGGAAGUACCUUACUGCCGUAGCGCCCCUUUGCACUCGGCAGUACGACUUCACCAUCGUGCCUUAAUUUACUGCUUUUAAUCUUACCGUUCUCCAAUCGACCUGCCUGGUAUAGUAGAGUUUAAAGGAGCAUUUGUUUUAACCAAUAUACCACGUCAAGAUAGCAUUUACAGUCGAGUUCAUUCAAUUCAUAUAGCCCCCACCAGCGCAAAUACUACAACCUGAAUUCUAAAAGUUUAAGCAGUUAGCAUAAUAACAUUUAGUUUAUUGAGUGAAGUAUAAGGUGCUUCUUUUUUAAUAGUUUUUCUUGGAUUACUGAUAUUGUUGCACAUGUAAUCAACAUACAAGUACAUCAACGAAAUGUUAUAUGGUGACGUGUUUCAUCUUUCUAAUUUGAAAACCAAGUAAAUGACCGAAUCACAUUGCUGUAAGAAGAGCCAAACAGACGUAACGCAUUAAUGUAUGUAUUCUUUGUAACCUAGAUCACUGAGUUUUCUAAACGAAGGUAUUUGCAAUACGUUUGAAUUACAUCUAUUUACAACACAAUUGUUUCUAACAGAUUCUCAAGUUCCGCAUUGUGUGCUACGGUCGCCAACGCUCUUCAAUACUAGCUCGAUAAAAUAAGUGUAUAUCACUACUAUUGUUUACUGAACAAUCCAAGCAAUAAAAUUACACUAAGUGAUUAUUACUUGUUUUCUUUUCGCCCGAGAACUCACAUCAGCAAUGUCAAUUUUUAUUGGUCACUAAUAGACCCGAGAGUAUGUUGAUAUAAGACAGGACCUGGCAUGACUGCUUAAUCAGAGAUACUUAUACACAGCGACUUUUUAAUUCAUACAAGUAAGGAAGAGUGGUGAAAUUCCUAGUGAGAUGACAAUACAAUUAGCGAUUACCACAGUGUGUAAGAUAGAGCGACCAAUAGCAGUGGGAAUCUGUUAGGUUGCGAAGGCCGAGGUAACGAUUGUUGCGGGAAAAUCCGUCAGUUAAUUCACUAGAAUAUAAAUUGAAAGUCAUUUUGUUUUCUUGACUCCAAUAAAUUACCCGCAGUUUUUUGUAUGAGGUAUGGUUUGGACGUUGUGUUGAAAAGCAGUAUCUGUACAUUUUUUAAAACCAUUUUGGAUGCUUAUUUUACUGUUUGGGAACUUAAUCUUGUGAUUCUAUUGAUUUAACUCGAUCAUAACUGGCAUUCAUUACUUCGCCUCUUUAAGAUCCUUCGUAAGUUGAAUAAGUAAAUGAAUGUAUGCAAUCGUCAAUUCAGUCAAGGUAGAGUGUAACAUAAAUGUUUGUUACUCUAAGUUUCUAUAAUAUGACGGGAUGACGAGAUAAAGUUAACAAAGUAAGUAAUAUGUGUAGUGAGAAUGACUUAACUUUGAGAGUAUGAUUUGGAAAGACAAUAAAAAAUUAUAAGUGGAGGAAUAAUGUGACUCAUAGGAUAUAGAGUAAAUCCAUCUGUUCCAGCGUGGCUCGUCCUGAUUAGUGAAUUGUAAUUUAGCGUAGAUGGGAGGUGUAUGAAGAUAAAUCAUAGUUGGCUUUUGUCACAUUAAUACCAGCUGACAACCUAUUAAAAAACCUAGAAAUAAUGGAUCUCUGUCUUGGUUUAUUAACAGUGCACAUCUGUAGAUAAUUGAGAAAUAACACAAUACCUUUGUUGAAUUGUAAAUGAUUUAAACGAAUAGUAACAUUCAUGGAAAACAGGUUACUAAAUACAAAAAUUCGGAUUUGUAAGUUAUAUAUUAAAACUCAAUCUAAAAUAGCAAAUAUAUCUACAUUACCGCCAACCACCCAAUUCGAAUUAUUUUAUUUACGAUCUACGACCAUAGGUUAUGAUGCCUUUGUACGGCCGAGAUUGGGGAGAGGCAGCUCUCCCUCUCGAAAUGAUCGCACAUGGCCACGUGCAUACAAUCACUGCAUUCUCGCGGCGGGGAUGUUUACGAAAUUGAGAAGACGAAAUGCGAGUGCCCGGCGAUUUAACCGGGUUGGUGGAUGUGGAGGACCCGCCUAGAAGAGUUAGAAAACCCUGACUACAACCCCAUAGUACACAUAGACUCCAGGAUUCUGAAGGAACAAAUGGCGUAUGAACUAAUCAUCGAUCACCGGCUACCGUGGGACAGCAUCUCCUGAUGUUGCUCCAUCGUCUUGUGGGUCAGAUGUUUAGGUCGAAGGCUCCGGGUAUGGCCUAAUUAAACCACCUGCUCCCGUCAAGACACUAGGGCAGUAUUACAGCCCACAUACAAAUCAAAUGGCGUGUGUGGCACUUAUGUAUUUGAUGCCCCUUUGUCCUAAUAUUUAUGUGUUCAAAUAAAUAAUAAAUGAUCAUUAACCGACUAACUUGAAUCUCAUCUGUUGAUGUUGUUAAUUUGCAAAUUUUUUCUAUUAUUAAG